CCAUGCUGGCCCUCCUUAAUGAGCUCACCUGUCCAAAAGGAUAAGAGCAAAAUUGGAACAGUACUGGCAAGUGCAUCUCUAAGGUUGUAGAGCAUCCUGUCUUAGAAUUCAAAUCUCUCAGAGUUCUAGGCCUGUCCCUACCUCCAGCCCUGCAUCCCUAUCCCUGUAACUUCUUCCCGCCUUUCCAACUUUCCUUAUCCCUGUAACCACCCCCAGCCCUGACAGUCCCCCCUACCUCUGUAACCAACUUCCAGUCUAUGCAGCCUUCCAAGAUCUCGGCAUUCCUCCAGCCUGGCAAUUUUAACAUCUGAUUUCAGUUGUUCCACCUUUGUGGGCUUUACCUUCAGCUGCCUUGGCCCUAGGGUCUGGAAUUCCUUCCUUAAACCCAUCUAUAUUUCUCUUUUCCAACUUCUUUGUGAUGCUGUUUAAAACUGACCUCUUCAACGGAGCUUUGGUCACUUCUCUAAUUUUACCUCAUGGGUUGAAGUAAAGUUUUAUCCUGUCUAAAAUUCCUACCCAAAGGUCAAGAAAAAAAUGCAUGAAUUAAAUUCCGUGGAUUCAGAUCAAUUGAAAUGAUUCAGCAUCAAAAUCCAUCCAUUUAGUGGUUUGAGAUUCAAGGAAGUUUUGAGUUGAUUGGCAGCUCUCUGCCUUUCAUUUCGUUCAGAACUUCUGCCCAAUGGAGGGGAGUGAGUAUAAGGGUGAGGAGGGUGGAGGUGUGGGGGCUGUGUGAGCAGGGGGAGAGGUGGGGUGUGACUGUAAGGAGGAUAGAGUGCAGAUGAGUCAGAGAGGGAAGGGAAAUGUUGCUUUGUCUGUCACCCUUGAUGAUACUGUUGUUAGUCUGUUUCUGAUAUUAUUUCUUCAGUCACAGGAAGAAUGCUGUUCCCAGGAUCUUACCAUCAGAUCAGCACAGCUUGUCCUUUGAGAUGUUAUAAGUAUGUAAAUAUGAAGGAGGAGUCCACUGAUAUGCGGGCUAUGACUGACAGUGCUGCGCAAACCCUAUUUUGGACAGAGUUAUUUCGAGGGCUUGCAAUGACCUUGAGCUACUUGUUUCGGGAGCCAGCAACCAUUAACUACCCAUUUGAAAAAGGGCCCCUGAGCCCUCGGUUUCGAGGCGAGCAUGCACUGCGAAGAUAUCCUUCAGGCGAGGAACGUUGCAUUGCUUGUAAACUGUGUGAGGCUGUCUGUCCGGCUCAGGCCAUUACAAUUGAGGCAGAGCCAAGGGCUGAUGGAAGUCGGCGCACAACGCGUUAUGACAUUGAUAUGACAAAGUGCAUUUACUGUGGUUUCUGUCAGGAGGCUUGUCCAGUUGAUGCAAUUGUAGAGGGCCCUAACUUUGAGUUCUCCACUGAAACACAUGAGGAAUUGCUGUAUAACAAGGAGAAACUUCUGAACAAUGGGGACAAGUGGGAAGCAGAGAUCGGAGCCAAUAUCCAGGCUGAUUACCUGUAUCGCUGAUUGUGCCGCAGGCUGACUGUAGCACUAACAUCUCCCUUGAUGUGUGUGAAUAAAUGUGACUUUUCAAACCAA